GUUUCCCUUGACUUCACCUUGGAGGAAAUGGCUGGCUCUCGGAAUAUGGCCAGCAACUUUAGUGCUUUGGAUAUGCGAACUUCAGAAGAGUACCCGUGGAUUUUGGGGUCUUCAGACAUGAGUGAAGAAAGUUCUAGUGAAUGUUAUGAUAAGGAGGUUAUUGACCUGUGUUUGGAUGAUCCCUAUAUUAGAGACCAUUACACAGAUAUCAGACAAAUUGGUUCUGGAGGUUUUGGUUCUGUGUAUGAAGUUAAGCACAAAUUGGACAGUCGGAAAUAUGCUCUAAAAUUUGUGCCAGUUGACUCAAAAUGCUUCUGUAAAAGAGAGGUUGAGGUUUUGGCCUCUAUGGACCAUAAAAACAUUGUGAGGUAUCAUACCUCCAUGAUGAUUAAACUUUGUAAGCCGCUUACUUAUCCAACAUCAAUUGAAGACAAUGAGGAAGAUUCAGAUAUUGUGUUUGGAACUGCUGAUUCGUCACAUUCUAAUACGAAUGCCUCGGCAUGCAGUGAGACAGACUCAUCAAGUGGUAAAAGUGAUCAGAAAACAGUCACCUUAGAUGCAUGUUUGGUUGUGCAGACUGAGUUGUGCAGUACAGAAAAAAAUCUUAAAACAUUGAUUGACUGUAAAGAAAUAUUGGAUGAACGAAGGAGACGUAAUUUAUAUUUAGACGUCAUUUUUGGUCUGCAGUACAUUCAUGACCAGGGCUUUAUGCAUCGAGAUCUAAAGCCUCCAAAUAUCCUGAUUGACAAAGAUGGCAGAGCUAAAAUUGGAGAUUUUGGCUUUGCAAGGAAGUAUAUUGUCAGGGAUACAAAUGGGCGGUCCUCUACAUUGGAAAAGGGUGGAGUUUCGUUCACCAAAUAUCUAGGGACAGUACCAUAUGUUGCACCAGAGGUGUUAAAAAGAAACUGUCCCUAUGACAAAAAGGCCGAUUGCUAUAGCAUUGGUAUAAUAUUAUUUGAGAUGUACCAUUCAAUGGAUUCUGAAAGUGAGAGAGCUGAUACUUUGCAAAAACUCAGAAAGGAGGAUUUUAGUCAUUUGGAAAAAAUUCCAGAAAAGUAUGGGAAUGUCAGGAUUGUGGUGGAGAGUCUCCUGAGCCAUGAGCCUUCCAUGCGCAUGGACCUUGAGAUUGUUCUGAAGCUCAUGUCACCUCUGGAGCAUCAACAAAGUGUGGAGAGAACUGAGGUGGCAGUACAACCAGUAAGCUCCCCAGAAACCGAGUAUCCAGGACCACCAAGGAGACAGUCCCUCUGGAGGCAGAUCAGUGAGCCUUGCCAGUCAGCUGAGAGGAAUCUCAAUGUUCAGCAGCCCAUUGUAAUUAAACAGAUUGCCAAAAACAUCGAGGCGGAUGAAGAGGAUUAAUUUUACGUUGAUCUACAUGAGAGUUAUUUACCUAUAAUAUUGCUACCUGUAAGAAUUUUAGGUGGUUUUUUAAGAAAUAAUGUAUGUGUAUUUUUCCUUGCUUGUAAAAUAUUUAUGAAUUUAAAUCUAUGUACAUAUUUUGUUAUUCAUAUAUAUGACAUAUGUAUGGGUUUUAAAAUAAGAUUUAUCAAACCUUAUUAAAUUAGUAAAAAAGUAAAUAUAAAAUUAUAUUUUUGAUGUACUCAUUUAAUACAUUAUGAGUGAAAUUUCACACCAAAACCAUGAUGAAUAUAAUAUUAGUAUUAAAGUAAAUGAUGUUCACCGCAUACAUGUAAAAUAUGAUAUAUAGUUUUAUAGCGAAAUAAUUAUUAUAGCGCACUCAUAUAUUAAUCUUUAUGAAUUCAAUUCACGAUGAAUUUGAUAAGAUGAUUUGAUGUUGACAUUAUUCAUUUUUUAAUAUUGAUAAAAAUACUGUAAUUCAUUUGUUACGUAAUAUGUGUGAAUUUAAAAUUGAUAUUAUUUUAAUUAUUAUUAUAUAUCAGACAAUUAUAUACAUGUUUAUAAUUAUAAUGCAUGUGUAUUGUAAGGGUGUGGGCUAAAGGUUGGUAAUCAAGGAGUGCUGUACAUGUAUAAUUGGCCUCUCUGCAAUAACAAAUUACAUAUAAUCUUCUUUCAUCAAAUGCAUGUACAUUAUUUUGUGAUGAAUAAUUUUAUGUUCAUAUAUGACAUAAAAAUGCAAUGUUAGAAAUAAUUGUAAAAAUGUUUAUGGUAGGUAUGCUAAUAUCUACAUCGCAAUUCUUAAUGAUGGGAGUAUGUUAAGAUGCAUGCACUUCAUUAUUAUGUGAAAACUUUAUAAAUCUCGAAUACUUAUAGUUAUCAAUAUGUUGAUUUAGAUGUUCAACAACAUCUUUAAAUUGUAUUAAAAUGAUAUAUGUAUAUAUAUUUUACUAUCAAUUAAUUCAUUAUUUAUAGUUUAAGGGGAAUUACAAUUCUUCUUUUAAAAGCUAUAGUCACUGAAAUUUGAUGAUUGUUUUAUAUGAAUGAUUAUUUUACAAUGUAUAUAUAGGUUCUUGAUCAAGAACAUCAUCAGUCUGCAAUUGUUUUUCAUAUUACAAUUAUGCAAAAAUGAUUAAAUGUGUUAAAUUUUUAACCAUCAAUUAAAAUUUAUGCAGUUUAUUAAUAGAGAAAACUAUUACAAUUGCAUUUACAUGUGUAGUAUAGGAGAGAGGAGAAAAUCUGUGGCUGGACCGGGAAUCGAACCCAGGACUCCUGCAUUUCUAGUCAGGUGCUCUAACCACUCAACUAUUCAGGCCGAUAUCCAAGGUCCGUAUAGCCCUAAUUACUACACAUGUAUUGGUGUAUAAUGAGGAAGUUUAAUUUUUCACUUUAUACGGUGUUUGUGUGUCAGGUACUUGUGUUGACCUGGAAUAUUAUACAAGUAAUGGAUUAGAACUAAGUACUGUUGUAAAAUCAUGAGAAAUUUUAAUUUGCUACUAAAUGAUAUCUUUUUAUUUCAUUAUUGUUCUUGAUUUCUUCAGACAGUUUGUUAUUGGAAUGUGAUGUUUGUUAUUUUGAAGUUUAUUAGAUUGGAAUUAUAUAUCAGGUUAUGGAAAUGUUAAUUUUAUUAAAGAAUUCUGUAUAUGGUUAUAAACAUAUAAAGGUUUUUAAAAGAGAAAGUCAGAAUCUGUUUCCAAUUAUGAAAAUGUAAAGCUUAUCAAGGAGAAUUGUGUAUAUGAUUAUUAUUGAAAUGUUAAUUUUUUAAAAAUGAAAUUAUAUUAUGUUUGGGUAUGAAAAUAUUAAAUUCAUGAAAGCAAA